CAAAUAAACAAAACGAUAAACGAACGGAAAUUUUAGCCAAACAGUAAUAGCGAGUAUGAUACUGUCCAACUCCCUCUCCUCUUCUACUUUCCUCCGAUUCAAUGAGCAACAGCAGCUCUUUGUGGAUCCUCGCUCACAAAAUUCGCCGAUUCUUCAACUGCAGAGCCGGAAAUUGAAGAAGAAAAGCAGAGGCUUAUCUGUGGUGACUCGUGGAGGAGGAAUAAGUUCGGGAAGCUAUAUAUUUGCUUUGGUAUUCCCACUUUCUCUCCUUGCUAUCACCAUCUUCACUUCUGCCCGUGUUGCUGAUUCCCUCGACAAGAAAUUCCUCGAAGAGCUUGCAGUAAAUGAAACAAUUGCGGAAGGUGAGGAAGAUGAUGGCAGUGCAGUCACUCCAUUAGAGGAAAAACCUGCAACUCCUCGUACACGCAAUCGACCCAAACGGGAAGUUGAAACUUCAUCUAAGUAGUCUUUAUUUGUUGAGGUGAAACGAUAAUCUACAGAGUGGAUUCUUGGUGCACUUUGGCCUUACACUAUUUUAUCAUAAUUAGCUAGAAAAAUGUUUUUAUUCAACAAUACUUUUUGUACUUUCUGUGACUAAUUUGAAAUAUAACAUAUAUAUGUGUGAAGAACUAUUUAUUUUACUAAGAUAUAGCCAACUUCGACAAUCCGUUUCGACGUUAUUGAAAUGCAAUUAGGUGUAGUGAUUCACA